CAUAAAAGAUAUGACAAUAUAUGACAUAUGUAAAGAGAAAUGAGAAGAUAAGAAGUAAACUCCAAAUGUUUUUUUAUAGAUUAAAAAUACAUUUUUAAAUUCAAAACAACCGGCUUAUCAAGAAAAUGUUAAAAGUUUCGAUAAAUGUCCCUAAUUAAUUUUUUAAUUAGCCUCGGUGAUAAAAACUUUAAGACAUGACAAGCGUUCUAAUAAAGAAUGUUCUUAAAAAGCAUGCGUCGGGCUUUUUUAGAGUAGUGAAGCAAUAUCAGUUUGACCCAUUUGACCAUUCCUUUCACAAAAGUACUUUUCUUUCCAAUCACUAUCGUAAUAUAACCUUGAACGCAGGCAAGACCAAAAGCAGAAUGUCAGACAAACUAACCCAAGAAGAACGUAGUACUCAGCUUGAGGAACUUUUGAGCAAAGGCUGGACUGUACAAAAUGAUCGAGAUGCUAUUUACAAGGAAUUCCUAUUUAAAAAUUUUAAUGAGGCUUUUGGUUUUAUGACUCGCACAGCCCUAUUAGCAGAUAAAAUGGACCAUCACCCAGAGUGGUUCAAUGUUUACAAUAAAGUUCAAGUAACCCUAAGUUCUCAUGACAUCAAUGGGUUAAGUAAAAGAGAUCUCAAGUUGGCCACUUUUAUGGAGGAAGCUGCGAGUGGGCUCAAGAAGUGAGUCUAUUGAAUCAGAUAUAAAUAUUUACUUUAUUGGACAUGUUGAUGUGUUAAGUUUGUUAAUUUUUUUUUGCCCAACAAAUUGUUUUAUAAUCAUUGUACCUAGUUCCCAUAGGGUCCAAUAUUUUUUUUAAUUAAUAUUAAAUAAAUUGUUAAUAAUUGUCAUUAUUUAUAAUAUAAAAUUAUGUUUGUGA